CGAAGGCUACGUUCAUCACUAAAGCGAGGUUUUGGUGUUUUUUGAACUUUUAAGAAAAUGCUAUAGAACUCCGCCGAGUCGAAGACGCAUUUAACGAUGGCCAACGCAGUGGUGGUGCUGGACAACGGGGCGCACACAGCCAAGGUGGGACUGGCCAACCAGGACGAGCCGCAGGUGGUGCCCAACUGCAUCAUGAAGGCCAAGAGCGAGCGACGGCGCGCCUUCGUGGGCAACCAGAUCGACGAGUGCCGGGACACCUCGGCGCUGUUCUAUAUACUGGCCUUCCAGCGCGGCUACCUGCUUAACUGGGACACUCAGAAGACCGUGUGGGACUACAUCUUCAGCAAGGACGGCAUCGGUUGCACCCUCGAUGGACGCAGCAUCGUGAUUACGGAGCCGCAGAUGAACUUCCAGAGCGUUCAGGAGGCGAUGUUGGAGAUGCUGUUUGAAGAAUACCGUGUAGGGGGCGUAUACAAGACAACCGCAGCCGACCUGGCCGCCUUCAACUAUGUGGCUGACAGCGAGGAGCGCACCACGAUGCAAUCACUGAACUGCAUCAUUAUCGACGUCGGCUAUAGCUUCACACAUGUUGUGCCCUUCGUCCUUGGACGCCGUGUGCUUGAGGGCAUCCGGCGCAUCGAUAUGGGUGGCAAGGCGCUGACCAAUCACCUCAAAGAGCUCAUAUCCUACCGUCAGCUGAACGUGAUGGACGAGAGCCACGUGGUCAACCAGAUCAAGGAGGACGUCUGCUUCGUGGCCGAGGACUUCAAGGAGGCAAUGCGGGUCCACCAGAGCGAGGAGAAGCGACGGGAGGUGACUCUGGAUUAUGUGCUGCCUGACUUUACCACGGUGAAGCGUGGCUAUAUCCGGGUGCCCGGUCAACCGCGGGAGGACGAGGACCAGCAGCAGUCGGUGCCGCUGUGCAAUGAACGCUUCACCGUGCCCGAGCUGCUCUUCAAUCCCUCCGACAUUGGUGUGCAGCAGGUGGGGAUACCCGAGGCGGUGGCCGAUUGCCUCAAGGCCUGCCCCUGGGAGGCGCAUCGAGAACUCCUGCUCAACAUACUCAUCGUGGGUGGCAGCGCUCAGUUUCCCGGAUUCCUGCCGCGCCUCAAACGCGAUCUGCGCGCCCUUGUGCCCUGCGAUCUGGAGGUCUCACUCAUCUGCCCCGAGGAUCCAGUGCGCUAUGCCUGGUAUGGCGGCAAGGAGGUAGCCACCAGCCCCAACUUUGACGAGUUCGUGUACACGCGCGAGGACUACGAGGAGUACGGAGCACAUGGGCUGAACCAGCGGUAGUCGUAAGAGUAGCACUUAAACUUGUAUGUAAUUGUAAACACAUUAAAACAGUAUCCAGAGAGGGAGCGAAAUCACA